GUAUUAAGAAAUUCCUAGCGGAUUCAGUGCCUUCUCUCCCUCCGUGUAACGUGUCUUUUAACUUUCCAUUCUACCUUCCUAGAGCACAGAACUCAAUCUCUCACUCUCUCUCUAUCUUUCUCUCAAAUUAAAUCUUUCUUAACCUGAAUCAAAUCUGAGAGAGAGAGAAUGGGUGUGGACUUGAGGCAAGUGGUGGCUGCGGUUCUAACGUUGACCAUGUUCGUGAUGCUGGGAAACAUGAUCAAGCGUGACCAUUUCGAUUCUGUUGAAGGAAAAUUUCCUGGUGGAGCAAGAGAUGUUGAUUUAGAUAUGGAGGAGGGUGCUGUUUCUCUUUCUAGAAAGAGUGGGGGUCUUUGGAAGGAGGAUGGGCAGCAACUGAAACAAUGUUGGAAUAAGCCGAUUUUGGACGAUGUGGAGCUGACAGACGGGUUUGUCACUUUCUCGUUAACUAAUGGCCCCGAGUACCAUGUCUCUCAGAUCACUGAUGCAGUUGUGGUGGCAAGAUAUCUCGGUGCAACUCUCGUGCUUCCUUACAUUAGAGGAAGCAAACCAGGUGACGAGAGGAGCUUUGGAGAAAUAUAUGAUGUUGAGAAGUUUAUAAAAAGUCUUGACGGUGUAGUCAGAGUGGCAAAAGAUCUGCCUGCUGAAAUAUCAACACGAAAUCUUGCCGUUGUGAAAGUCCCUAAUCGGGUAACAGAAGAGUUCAUUGUAGAACACGUUGAACCAGUUUAUAAGCGAAAGGGAAACAUACGGCUGGCUACAUACUUCCCCUCAGUGAAUAUGAAGAAGUCGCCCAAAAAAAGUUCCAGUGAUUCAGUUGCGUGUUUGGCAAUGUUUGGAACUUUGCAGUUGCAACCAGAGAUUCAAGAAGUUGUUGACUCAAUGGUUGAGCGUCUAAGAACUUUGAGCCGAAAGACAGAUGGUCAAUUUAUAGCCGUGGACUUGAGAGUUGAUAUGUUGGAGAAGAAGAAUUGCCAUGAAAAUGGUGAUACUGGGACAAGAAGUUGUUACAAUGCACAAGAGGUUGGUGCAUUUUUGAGGAAGAUGGGAUUUGACAAGGAUACCCCCGUGUAUUUGACUGAAUCCAGAUGGCAAAGCAGCCUUGAUGCUCUGAAGGAUCUCUUCCCUAAAACAUAUACAAAGGAAAGCAUAAUGCCUGCAGAUAAAAGAAAAAAGUUCUUAGAUUCAGAAGGUUCUGAAUAUGAGAAGGUUAUUGACUUCUAUGUAUGUUCUGAGAGUGAUGUUUUUGUACCAGCCAUCUCUGGUCUGUUCUAUUCCAACGUGGCUGGUAAGAGAAUUGUUGCCGGUAGGACUCAAAUACUUGUUCCAGCCAAUAUUCGCGAGUCCUCUGCUUCUGCUUCUGGAUUCAUUACUCCCUAUGUGUCCAAGAAGAAUCACUUGGCCUAUUCAUGCUUUUGCUAGUCUCAUUCUGAAGAAACCCAAAGGAAGCGAUGGGACAGAUGCAUUUAAGCUUUCAAAGAACCUUUUAGAUUAAUCAACCUUUUCGAGUAGUUCGAUUGACUGGUCAAUAUAUUUAUUGUUAAUUUGGUUUGCAAUACUCUUAAACAGAAGUUUAUGAAAUAUUGCAGUUUCAUAAAA